AUGAUAUCAUUGAUUAUACCUCCAUGCGAUCAAAUUUCUCGAGUAACCAAAAUGCUCGGUGAUGAAUUUGGAACUGCUUCAAACAUUAAGAGCAGAGUAAAUCGUCAAUCUGUGUUAGGCGCUAUAACAUCUGCCCAGCAGAGGCUCAAGCUCUACAACAAGAUACCCCCUAAUGGACUCGUGCUCUACACAGGAACAAUAGUAACAAGUGACGAGAAAGAGAAAAAGGUUACAUUUGACUUCGAGCCUUUCAAACCUAUAAACUCAUCCCUAUAUCUCUGUGACAACAAAUUCCACACAGAAGCUCUUAAACAACUGUUGGAAUCUGAUGACAAGUUUGGUUUCAUUGUCAUCGAUGGUAAUGGUACCCUCUUUGGAACAGUAAGUGGCGAUACUAAGGAGGUUCUACACAAAUACACCGUUGAGUUGCCAAAGAAACAUGGAAGAGGAGGACAAUCAGCUUUGAGAUUUGAUCGUAUUCGUAUGGAGAAACGUCACAAUUAUGUAAGGAAGACAGCAGAGCUUGCGACACAGUUUUAUAUCAAUCCUUCUACUAAUCAGCCUAAUGUUUCUGGACUUAUACUUGCUGGAUGCGCUGAUUUCAAGACUGAGCUCAGUCAAUCUGAUUUGUUUGACCAUCGUCUUCAGGAGAAAAUCUUGAAUGUUGUCGAUGUCUCUUACGGAGGUGAGAAUGGUUUCAAUCAAGCAAUUAAGUUGUCGUCAGAGAUUCUUGCCAAUGUGAAGUUUAUACAGGAGAAGCGUUUGAUUGGGAAGUAUUUUGAGGAGAUAAAUCUUGAUAGGGGGAAGUAUGUCGUUGGAAUUGAUGACACUUUGGAAGCUUUACACAUGGGUGCUGUGGAAACACUGCUUGUUUGGGAAAAUCUUGAAAUUAAUCGCUAUGUUCUAAGAAACAAUGCUUCUGGUGAAAUUGUUAUAAAGUAUUUAAACAAGGAACAGGAGACUGAUGGGAGUAAUUUAGGGAUUCAGUCAGCGAUGCUGAACUUGUAG